AUGAGGAUUGCAACCCUUCAAUUCGCGCCGAAGCUAGGCGACCUCAAAGGCAAUAUUGAGAAAGCAAAUGCCUUAUUAAAGACUGGAAAGACUGUCGCUUUAGAUGGAAAAGAGCUUGGGGUCGGGGUCGAUCUGUUGAAGCCUGAUAUCUUGGUGUUGCCUGAGUUGGCGAUGACAGGCUAUAACUUCCCUUCAUUGGAAGCGAUUAAGCCAUAUCUGGAGCCAGCUGGUGAUGGCCCCUCUGCCUCGUGGGCGCGUGAAACUGCUAGACGCUUGCGAUGCAAGGUUUGCGUGGGGUAUCCAGAGAUUGAAAAGGAUUCUCAAAAUCCCGACAAAGUCACAUACUAUAACUCACUCCUUGUUGUCGACGAGAACGGGGAGUUCAUUCUCAACUACCGAAAAAGCUUCUUGUAUUACACCGACGAAACAUGGGCGGCUGAAGGUCAAGUUGAGCGAGGGUUCCAUGAGCUUGAAUUCGGUUCCAAGGGCGCGUUAUCUUCAUUGCACCAGGGUGAGCAAUUUGAGGCGCCAUUUACCAAAUGGGAAUUUGCAACUCGAGUUCUUGACUCCAAGUCCCAACUUGUCAUUUUGUCCAUGGCCUGGUUGACCACUCUGAGCCGGGAAGAGCUAGAUGCCUUGAAGGAUAAGCCCGAGAUGGAUACGUUCAACUAUUGGCUUCAGCGGUUCUGGCCCCUGAUACAAAAAAGGAUGGAACAUGAGGUGGAUAUUGACGGCGGAGAGGCGGCAGAUUCUCCGAAGAAGAUCGUCAUUGUCUUUUCUAAUCGGUCGGGCGAGGAGCCACCGGCGCGGUAUGCGGGGACAAGCGCUAUCAUUGCUGUGACGCAACGGCCCACUGUCAAUGCUGAUGCAGGGUCAGGUGCGCACGCCCCCGAUGAGGAAAGUGAGACAGAGGAUGCGGGCAUCCCAUUCGACGUCAAGAUACUUUGCUGGGACAUGCUAGGCGCCGCGGAGGAAGGUAUUUGUUUCGCGGAUACUACGGCAGAUCCGCAAAUGGUAUUUGCACUGAAAUAG